GUGAAAUGAUUUAACAGAACAUGCAGAGACUAAUACGCUCUAAACACGCAAACACCUGCACACAUCUGAAUCUGAGAGAUGGAGGUCAGGCGGAGGUGGGUUGUGGUCGGCCCUGAGUGGUUAAAUGAAGACGAAAGAGACGGAAAACUCUCAUACGACUGAAGCUUUGCCUGAAGCCCUUCAGACUGAACCCUCUUCUCUCUCAGCGUUCGACCUGUCGAGGACUCUCUCCAAUAAGAUGAACGCCAGGAUCACCUUCCUGCUGGUGCCACUCCUUGUCGUGGCUGUGCUCUCGCUGGACGCUGACAAAGGGAGCUUCACAGGUUUCCAAAACCAGCACAUCUACACGGAGAUGUUCGAUAACAUGUGCACGGAGGUGAUGAAAAAGAGGAAUAUUACCGUCAAAAACAGGUGCAAGCCCAUCAAUUCCCUCAUCCGAGCUGACACCAACAUGGCCAAGUCCAUCUGCAAACGUGACGGGACGGUGACCAGCGACCAACUGUUUGAUGUUGUCAAGUGUUGCCUGAAACGGAGCUCGCCGAAGUACCCCAACUGUCAGUACGAGGGCUUUUUCUCCAGGCAGAAAAUAACUGUCAAGUGUGAAAAGCGUCUCCCUGUGCACUUUGUGGGCUCUGAAAAGUGUCGGUCUGAAUUCACCGAGUUUGGCUAUCGAUCUCUUGAAUAAAGAGUGAUUCAAAAGCUAAACAUCUGAUGUGUUGAGAUCAGAGCAGAAGCAACUCUGAUGCUGAGCCAGUGAGGCUCAUGUUUCAAUGUUCCAUUCUUUGUAUGAAAUUAAACUUGGCAAUAAAAUUGAU